AUAAAUAAAUAAAUAAAUAAAAUUAAAAAUUAAAAAAAAAAUUUAAAAAGGGCUGAGGAUGUGGCUUACCUGUUACCAUCUGGGUCGCAGAUCCUGCGCCUCAGAAAAAUGAAAUUUAAGAGUCUUCAUUCACAGAAAACUCUAAUUAUCCUCGCUGACGUUUAGUAGUUUUUAAAAAUCUAGUACAAUUUUUAAUAUUUCUGCCAUAACCUUACUGCUGUGAAUUUUUACACAUUCUAUAAGCAUUAUUUGGCAUUAAAAACUGAACUUUUGAAAAGAUACACAGCAAAGCAACCGAAUUCGCCCUGGAGACCCUGUCACUGAGGCCGCACCUGGCCUUCUGCCCCACCUCACUCUCGCCCUCCAGCCCCUCCGGCGGCUUUCCGCUUGGCGGGGCCCCUGGCAGGGCAGGGAACCGGUGCAGAGAACACAGGCUAAUACUCAAAGCGUACUGAGCAUUUACUCCGCACAACCCAGGAAAGUGCAAGAAGAAAGCCCUGGGAACGAACAUUCCCGACCGGCCAUACAACCAUGUCUCACCGCGCCCCUUACCCGCUAGAUACGGACACCGGCGCCGCACCUGGGAAAUGGAGACCCCCUAAUCCUCGAUCCCCCACACCACGCAAUUCUGUGCCCGAAGAGCGAGACCCCCGAUUCCCAUCGCCGAUCCCUCACACCCUGCGCUGGAAGACCCUGACUCCAGCUCUCCCGCCCCUAGGGGGACCCCUAGCCGCCCACGAGCCGAGGGGUGGACCCCGACUACCCCCCCCCGGGAGAUCUUCCACCAGGAGAGGGACCUCGACCCGCAGCCCCCAGGAGGGGACCCGACCCCCGAUACCCCCCCAGGUGGGGACCCUGAUCCCGCGACCCGGAAGAGACCCCGAACCCGGGCCCCACACCCAGCAGGGGAUCCCGACCCGGACCCCGCGCCUGAGGUGGGACCCGCAGUCCGCUCCCCGCCGCGAGGACGGAACCGACCCGACUAGCGCCCGCUCUCACAGGCCCGCCCGGCGGCCGCAGACCGGGAGGAGCGACGCGGCGUCCGCGCGCGCGCAGCCAAUC